AUGAGUUCAACGUGGCGAUCAUCGUCCUCAUGCCAGCCACAAUCUUCUGUGCCACAUGAAAUUCUAGCAAGAAAAAUCAUGUCCGAGUGCAGUAGUAGUAGUGGUAGUACUGCUUCCAUAUGUUCUUCAUCAUCCAUCGUGCGGUGGUUGGUAUGGCACGAAUUGGAAAAUUCUUCUUCACUGACAGAUCAAGAGCUUGCAAUACUUGUACCGGAGAGAAAGAUUUCAUCAUCCGCAAUAAUAGGAUUAUCAUUAAAUGAAUUUCCGAGGAGUACUACUAGAUACAAUAAUUUUCAUCAUCAUUCUAGGAAUCAUGGACUUUUGAAUUUUUCUUUUAUUAAAACCAAUCAUCAGCCAUGCUUGUAUCAUCAUCAUCAUGGCAGGAAUUAUGGCACCACGCUUAUCACUCAACCCUUCUUUUUAGAGAGAUACUUUGCUCGCUAUGAAUUUCAUACCAAAUAUUUAUUGAGUUCAUCGGAUUGUGAAUCGAUGAGUAUUGGAGAAUUAAUCGGAGAGAACCAUGAAUUUCGAGAGGGUCUAUUCAAUUGUCAUUUAGGAUAUACAGACACGAAAGGAGAUUUAGAAUUGAGAGAGUUAAUUAUUGAGAAACAUCAGAAUUGGUAUGCCCCAAAAACAUCAUCGUCUCCUUCUCAUCGUCUCACGGCAUCCAAUGUGAUUAUUACAACAGGUGGUGUAGAACCUAUACUCGUAUUUGCCAUGACGUGUCUAGAAAAGGAUAGCCAUAUCAUUGUACAAUCACCCAGAUAUCAAGCUCUCUCUGAAAUUACAAAUAUUGCAAAAACGAAACACUCUUUUUGGCAUGCUAAAUUAGUGAAUAACAAGUGGACCUUUGAUGUGAAAGACUUGGAAAAAUUAAUUCAACCUAGAACAAGGGCCAUUAUUCUCAAUCCCAUUCAUAACCCCACGGGACACAUGCAUACUCUGGAGGAAUAUUUAAAAAUUAUUGAUAUUGCCAAGAGUCAAAAUAUUUUAAUAUUUUCUGAUGAAGUUUAUAGAGGAUUGGAAUAUAAUGAACGAGAUGCAUCCAUACCGUCACUGGCAACAUUGUAUCGAAAUGCUGUCUCGAUGAAUGUCAUGUCUAAAUCGUAUGGCCUUGCAGGGCUUCGACUUGGAUGGGUUGUCUCUCAGAAUCAACAAAUUUUAGAAAAUAUUGUGAAGGGUAAGGACUUUACGACCAUUUGUAAUGCAUCUCCGUCAGAAUAUUUGGCAAAACUUGCACUCAAACAAUCAGAAACCAUUUUAACCAAAAAUAGGAGUAUUAUUGCAAAUAAUUUACGUAUGGCAGAGGAAUUUUUCACUUCUCGUUCUAAAUUAUUUGAGUGGAUACCACCAAAAGCAGGUCCUAUUUGUUUUAUUGGUUUUAAGAAUGGUCGAGAGGGUGCCUAUAGAUUUUGUGAGAGAGUGGUGAAAGAGUCUGGUGUCAUGUUACUUCCUUCGACGGUGUACAACAGAUUAGACGAUGGUCAUAUUCGAAUUGGUUUGGGACGAAACAAUUUUGCAGAGGGGUUAGAAGUACUUUCAAAAUACUUGUCAUUAAAUUGA